CACGGUGUCCUUGCCGCUCACUUCCGCUCCGACUGUGUGUAGUGAACUCGGAUUGUUUAUGCUCCUGAAUCUUCAUUUUGGCCUUAAGUAUCAGGUCCAAAUAUGAUGCACGGAACCAGGCCGAUGGGACAAACAUGAAGUUUUGAAUGACAGUUUUACUACAGUGCUCAGUAUGAACAGCGAAGAGGAGUUUUACGACGCCGAGACAGGGCUUGAGUCGGAUGACUCAUGUGAGCAGAGUUUUAAAGAUGCCCAAGUGUCCAAAAGUGCCUCUCAGGAGAAUGGACUGUGGCAACGCAGGAAAACAUUGCCUGCAGAAAUGGUCUCUAGAAACAACUUCAGUGUGUGGAAUAUCCUGAAGAAAUGCAUUGGGAUGGAGCUGUCCAAAAUUGCAAUGCCAGUGGUUUUUAAUGAGCCGCUGAGCUUUCUCCAGAGAAUCUCGGAGUACAUGGAGCACACUCACCUCAUCCACAAAGCCUGCAGCCUGUCAGAUUCCAUGGACCGCAUGCAGGUUGUAGCUGCUUUUGCCGUGUCCGCUGUAGCAUCUCAGUGGGAAAGGACUGGAAAACCAUUUAAUCCACUACUUGGGGAAACCUAUGAACUCAUAAGGGAAGAUGAGGGUUACCGGUUGAUCUCGGAGCAGGUGAGCCACCAUCCUCCGGUCAGUGCCUUCCACGCAGAGUCUCUGAAGCAGGAGUUUGUUUUUCAUGGCUCCAUUUACCCCAAGCUCAAGUUCUGGGGCAAAAGCAUCGAAGCCGAACCCAAAGGAACCAUGACACUGGAGCUGCUCAAACAUAAAGAAGCAUACACAUGGACGAACCCAAUGUGUUGUGUGCAUAAUGUGAUAUUAGGGAAACUGUGGAUAGAGCAAUAUGGAACCGUGGAGAUCCUCAACCAUAGCACUGGAGAUAAGUGUGUUUUGAACUUCAAAGCAUGCGGCAUGUUUGGAAAAGAGCUGCACAAAGUAGAAGGCUACAUUCAAGACAAAAGCAAAAAGAAGCUAAAGGUCAUAUAUGGGAAAUGGACAGAGUGCAUGUACAGUGCUGAUCCAAAAGUUUAUGAAACGCACAAAAAGUCUGAUAAGAAGACAAAACAGGAACAUAGCUGUGAAGAGGACUCAGACGAUGUUCCAGAGAUUCAGGAGACUGUAGCUGUGAUCCCAGGAAGUGCCUUACUGUGGAGGAUAACUCCCCGACCGCCUCACUCAGCACAGAUGUAUAACUUCACCAGCUUUGCCAUGACACUAAACGAGCUGGAGCCGGGCACAGAGAGACUCCUGCCUCCAACAGACUGCAGACUCAGGCCUGACAUCAGGGCCAUGGAGAACGGGGACAUAGACCGGGCAAGUUUAGAGAAAGAGCGACUGGAGGAAAAGCAGAGAGCAGCAAGGAAAGAACGCUCCAGAGAUGAGGAAGAGUGGUCAACACGGUGGUUUCAUCUGGGCACAAACCCUCACACUGAAGCAGAAGACUGGCUUUACACAGGUGGAUACUUCGACAGGAAUUACAGUGACUGCCCCGAUAUUUACUGACCUAGGAUCUGCUCUAGAGUGCCACCUAUCUUCUAUCACCAGUACUGUUUUGUGUUGAAUCAUGCUCUUAUGCGUGUGGCAACUCAUAGCUGACUGUCAAACACCCACAAGAGAGGUCGAACAAUAUUUUAGUUUACUUAAAAGAUUAAACCAUUUUACUGUGCCGUACUUACUAUGCUAAAAUAGUAUAAACACAAUUAUCAUAACUUUAUAAAGCCUUAAAAUGUGACUUAAAGGUACACUACGUAAUUUUUCUGAUGGUCAGUACACCACCUGCUUGACUUCAUAAAGACGUUAUUGCUUUGCAUGUCAUAUUCCAGUUUGGCAUUAAAUGUCAGUGAUCAGUCUAUUGUCCAUGGAAAAUGUAAAGGGAAUCCCACCAGUUUCAAGUCAAAUCUGUGAAGAGGUGACCCUGCUAACUGUAAGAAUGGCAGCAUGGUAUCCAAGAUAAUUUUGUAGGAAUAAGUGCUAGGCGAGUUUAAUGUAAUUGUGUGGAACAGUUGAGACAAAACAGAAACAUCUCCAUGGAGACAAGCAAGGCAAACUCUCCUCCAGAAAAACUGAAGAAGCAGCUUGGACGAGCUGUAAAAUGUUUUCAGCCUAAAGAAACGUUUGACCGGCUGACAAAUUGAAUUUCUCUUUUGCCAUGGAUUCUAGCUGGAUGACUGAGGGAUUCUACACUCUAGAAAAGUUACACAGUGUACCUUUAAAUGAGCUACUAGAGAUCAAACUUUCUAAACAUUGAUGUACUGUACCUCACUUUAAUAUCAGGGCUUAUUGAAAAACACUUGCUUCCAGUUUUAUAACCAAUUUAAAGAUUUAGUGUUUAAGAUAGCACUAUUUGUCCCUUGUACAGUGUAAGAAAUGAACUAGUUGUGUACACUUACAAUUGAAAAGCUGCUUAUGUGUGUAUGUUUGCUAGCAUAGUAAACAUACUGGACUUAUGGUACAUUUAUUUGUUGUUUGCUGAAGUGUAGAGGUCUAUAGUAUGAGAUUCCUAAUAAUUGAGAAGACUAGAGUGGCCCUACUGGUCUCUUAUCACAAGAUAGAUAAUAGAUGGGUAUAACAACUAUAAGCAAACAUUUCCUGGGUUAAAUUACAGAGCAAGAUUGGGAUUUUGUCCUUGUGUUUGGGUAGGUUCUGAGUGGUUUCUGAAUGGUCCUAUUUUUCUCAUUAAUCUAAAAAAAAAAAACAAAGCUGAUAAUUGAACGUCAAAAACUUAAAUGGCAAAUGUGCAAAAUGUCCAUAGAAAUGCAUUAGCAAAAACAUUAUAAAAAGGUAAACACAAAAGUCAUGUAAUAACCAAUCAACAGCUGGGACACAACUCGUAAAUACAGCUAUUACAUUAUAUUGUCAAAAUCCCUCUGAAUAAAUGCUAAGUUUAGUAUUUAGCAUUUUAAUGUCUCCACUGGGUUAUGAUUAGGGAAAAUAACAAUUCUAUGGGGUCUGAUGAUACACUCAUAAUCUCUGUUGACUAUAUGGUAUUAUCUUGAGAAAUAUUUAAAAGUUUUAUAUGAAAUUUUGUACCUGACCAUUAGUGACUAAACCUGGUAUAUUCACAAAAAAUACCUAUAUUUUCCCCCUUGCCUAUAUUAAACAUUAUUGGUCUAUAGAGUGGUCUGACAUCUGAAACAGAGCAAAACAGCCCAUGGGUUUCAGAGGAGUAAAAAAAUUACCACCGUUGCCAUAGCAAUUAACACUUCAAAAUAAUAUCUUUUGAUAUGUGAAAAGUGCUUAAAAUGGUGCUUAUAAAGAGGGAAUUGAAAUCCAGCUUGAUAGUACAACCCAAGCUAAUGAUCUGGAGAUGGGUCCCCAGGUGCUGCACUGUGAUUGCCAAUUGAUCCUCGGGUUGCCCCAGCAGAAUUAAAAAAAUGGGUGAAAUGCAGAGAAAAUUUUUUCUGCAGUAACUUGUACCUUAAACUUUAGUAAGAGUGAAAUAGUGCAUAAGUACCUAAGUGAAUGCCACUCUAGUCUCUACGGAAACCUUUAAAGAAUACUAUUAUCAAGUUUAAGCCAUAAAAUCGUUCUGCACUGUGAAAGUAAUUGUAAAUACACUUUUCACACAAAGGGACAUUAGCUGCUAAACAUAUGAACAACUAUUUUCAAUUCUUUUCAUCCCUGUCUACUUACAUUGACUCAUACCUGCAUAUUUUUUGUUGCCAGAGCCUAAGAUUUUUUACACUAAUUUGAUGCUGAGCAAUACAAAAGGUGCUCAAUAUGCUUUGAAAUUCUCCCUAGGUGUUGGCUCAAAAUACAAUUGAUACUUUUGUGUGCCUCCAAUAUGGGCUUCCUAUUGAAUUUUCAUCAACAAUAUUGUCUGUUUGUGGCAGGUGUUUCACUGCUUUCAAGGAACAUGAACAUUGUCUUUUCUAGGUUGAAUAAUGGCACUUACCUUCUGAAGCUACUGUGGAAAAAAUAUUUUGAAUAUGUUGAACUUUGUGCCAGUUUUUGUUUCAUGUGGAUAUGCCCAGUGCAAACCAAGUCAACAAAUGUGCAAUAUAUCAGAUAAACAGCAAUUGCCCUUUAGCUUCAUUUUAAACUAUAUUGAUUCUGCAAUGCUAUGUUGUUACCUGAGUGCAGCCAAUUAUGGAUUUUUAUCAAUUCAAUUUAUCCUGAAAUAGUUACUCAAAGUUUGCCAUAGACCUUUCAAACUGCCAAUAUUCCAGGUCCUGGGAAGCCUAUGCACAAACUGCACAGUGAAAAUCAGCCCUCAGCCUCUUCUGAAUAAACUCCACUCAAAGCACCUUGAGACAACUGUAGCCACUCAAAGCUGCUCAAGGUCAUUUGUACAGCAGCAUCUGUUAAAAUGUUUACAUCUUUAUUGUUACCCACUCCUCUAUAGACAAGCAGACAUAUUUAAUAAAUUAUAAACUAUUAUAACCUUA